CGGGCGGAAGUGACGUGCCGGAGUUGGGCGUGUGGUGCCGCGGGCGCGGAGGGACCGGGCCUGGCCGGGCCCGGGAUGGACCCGGCGGCCGAGCACCGGCAGCAGCUCCGCAGCCUGCGGGACUUCCUGCUGGUCUACAACCGCAUGACCGAGCUCUGCUUCCGCCACUGCGUCUGCAACCUCAACUACCGGCUGCUCACGGGCCGCGAGGAGUCGUGCCUGGACAGCUGCGCCGCCAGGCUGGUCCGCGCCAACCACCGCCUGAUGGGCGCCUACGUGGGGCUGGUGCCCGCGCUGCUGCAGCGCCGCGCCGCCGAGCACGCGGCUGCCGCGGGCCCGGCCGCACCGCCGGCCGUCAAUGAGCCGGCACCGGGCCCCGCGGAGCCCGCGGAAGGCGCUCCCGCUGCCGGCACGUAG